GAAAACCGUUGCAUCCAAAAUUGCUCCCGAGUACACCAACAAAGAGCGCGUGGAGAGCAAGACCCUCUGGUAAUCCUAUCUUUUUGUGACAUCGUGAUUCCAUCAACCACAUCUUCCUUGUCGUCAUGGGCGACAGCGGCGAAUACUUGUACAAGGACGACCAAGGCCCAAAUUUGGAUCACCCAGACUCGUUGAUUCGCCUCGCGUGUGUCGUACAUCGCUUUCGAGUGCCCCGUAUUGGUUCGCGCUCGUUGUCCUUUGCAAAGUCUUUGUCGACAGUCGGGCGUGCGGACAAAGCUCGGAAGCUGGUUCUGAAUGCGGAUGAUGUACGUGGCCGUUUAGCCGACGCUUGCAGUGCCAAGAAAAUAUCGAGCGAACGGGUCGUUGCGGAUGCACGUCGGUACAUUCCCAUGAUUCAUUCCAUCCUGUUGAGCUGUAAAGUACAACCAGAAUCCGCGAGACUCGACGAAAAGCUCCUGUUUGAAUGGAAGUCUGGAAUCGAACACAAGCCCGCCGCCUUUACGUCCGAAGCGAUCAUGUACGAUUUAACCAUGUGUAUCGUGACGGAAGGUUUGGGUCGCGCGGCUUCGGCUACCGAGAACAGUAUUGCGGGGGAUUUUGCUGCAGCGUCGCGGGAUUACGCCGCGGCUGCCGGGAUCUUUGAUUUCCUAGCCCAAGACCACCUGCCCAAGUGGAUUGCCAAAGGUUCCAAAGUCAGUCAGGACGACCUUCCCUCGGAAUGCCAUGCUCCCCUAGCCAAGGCGUUGAAGACCUUGUUCAUGGCCAACGGACAGCAAAUGGCCGUGGCAACCGUCCUGAUUAAACCCGGAAAACCUAAUUACGGUCUCCUGGCCAAACUCUGUCUCGGUAUCACUGAGCAACUCGAAGACUUUAUCAAUAUGCUCCGCAAAGACGCCUUUCCCCAAAUGAGUCGCAUGGAUCCAGAUUUUUUCACCCUCAUUACCUUUCAGAUCAACAUACAACGAUCGCUGAGUUUGUACUUUCAAGCCCGCUCCCUGUGGGAAAAGGACGAUCACGGGAUUGCCGUGGCGAUCUUGUCGGAAUCAACCGUAGCGGCACGAACACGUGAAUCAACAGCUUCCGAUGGUGUUCCGGAUGUCACAAGGACUCCAGCCCUCUACCCACUGCAGGACGAUUUGAAAGAUAUGCGCUCGCACAUGGCGACACUAUUGCAUUCCUGGGAAAAGGAUAAUAGUCAAGUCUUUUUCGAAAGUGUGCCGCAACACGUCCCGGCCGGAAAGAAAUUACAAGAAGGUUUAUGUAUGAAACGGUCAGAGGCUUACAAGUUGGAAGAGGCUGAGCCUGUUCUCUUGGUUUUGCCGGAAGGGGCCUUGCAACGGAGUGAUAGCGAUCUGGCAAGGGAAUUGCAGGAACGAUUUAAUGUGGGAGACGAAUAA